AUGGCUAUCACUAAGGCUCCCAAGUCCGUCGAGGCCGCUCAGGCCAAGAAGUCUGGCGCUGCUGCCGCCAAGGGCGCCAAGAGCGUCAACAAGUUCUUCAUUGACUUCUCUGGCCCCGCUAACGACGGCAUCCUUGACGCCGCCGCCUUUGAGAAGUUCCUGCACGACAGGAUCAAGGUCGAGGGCAAGGCUGGCAACCUCGGCGACGUCGUCAGCGUCACCCGCGAGGGCGAGGGCAAGAUCUGGGUCAACACCACCAUCCCCUUCUCAAAGCGCUACCUCAAGUACCUCACCAAGAAGCACCUCAAGCGCCAGCAGCUCCGCGACUGGCUCCGCGUCGUCGCCACCUCCAAGCAGGGCUUUGAGAUCAAGUUCUUCAACGUCUCGUACGACCAGGAGGAGACCGAGGCCUAA